AUGCCGGCGACCACAGAGGACUCACGUCUCUCCAACCUGUGGUGUCAAAAGGAGGGUGCCACGACUUUUUAUAUCCGAAAAAUCACCUUGGGUGUGGGGGUGAGGAGCGAGGAUGGGGAUGAAAAGGUUUCGGACAUUCCAAGGGCUUGGGGAUUCUGUGAUUCACCUCCUGGGUGGAGACAAGGGCGGGGGUCUCCGGACAUUCCAAGGGCCAGGGGACUUUUGUCAUUCUCUAAAUUGUCUUCCGCGCGGCUCUGCUCCGCGGGACUUUGGUUCCUCCUCACCCCUUUGCUGCGCGGAACACCAGCUUCGCCAAAGGACCCCACUCCGGAGGGAGUUCGGCUUCUGCAGAAGGGCUGCUGCAGCGCGCUGCCCCGACCCCGCCUGCGGCCCCGCACGCUGCCGGUGCGCCCACCUCUCCUUCCUGGCACCCCGCCUGCGUCCGUUAGUCUGAGGAAGCCAGCCGCGACUUCACUGAUGCACCCAUUCCAGUGGUGUAACGGGUGUUUCUGUGGCCUGGGACUGGUGAGCACCAAGUCCUGCUCGAUGCCACCCAUCUGUUUCCAGGACCUUCCACUCAACAUCUACAUGGUGAUCUUCGGCACCGGCAUUUUUGUCUUCAUGCUCAGCCUUAUCUUCUGCUACUAUUUUAUCAGCAAACUCCGGAACCAGGCACAGAGUGAGCGAUAUGGAUAUAAGGAGGUGGUGGUUAAAGGUGAUGCCAAGAAGUUACAAUUAUAUGGGCAGACCUGCGCAGUCUGUCUGGAAGACUUCAAGGGAAAGGAUGAGCUAGGUGUGCUCCCGUGCCAACACGCCUUUCACCGCAAGCUGCCAGGCUGGAGUGCAAUGGCGUGA